AUGAAUUACCAAUGGCUCGUGGGCGGAUACAUGCAGAUUGUCUACGUCACAAUCAUUCUAAGUUGGAUAACGAUUAAGGCCUGGCUGAAGCUCACUAAGCGAAAAGAGCUCCUGAAGAAACUGGAACAGAAGCAAGAGGAAAUAAAGGGUCGACGUGAGAAACUGCGAGAGCUAUUAGCGCAAACGCCAGACUCAAUUGUUAGUCUAACCGACUUGGAGUUAACUCGGGUGAUUCGCGCAUUCAACGCUGAAGAGAUAACCCCUGUUGAACUGCUUAAAGCCUAUCAGAAGCAGGCGCUAAAGUUAGAAGCGCACGGAUGUCUCGCUGAACCCAUCAGUGAAGCUUAUGGUCGCGCCCUGAAUCAGGGUUGGCUGGACGAAGCCGAUACGAGAGGCAAACUCUGGGGAAUUCCAGUCUCUUUGAAGGAGAGCUUCUCGAUCAAAGAUCAUGAUAUUACUCUCGGACUCGUCAGCAGAAUCGGCAGUAUAGCGACUACAGACUGCCUGUUGGUCGAAAUGCUCCGGAAAGCUGGAGCUGUGCCUUUUAUUACCAGUAGUAUGGCUCCAGCUGGACUGUCCAUCGACUCUUCAAAUCUAAUCUUCGGCAAACAGACCAACCCACUCAACACGAAUCGUAUUUCUGGUGGCAGUUCAGGUGGGGAAGCAAUUCUCAUCGCAAAGAGGGGAUCGAUGCUCGGUUUUGGGACUGACAGUGCGGGCAGUCUUCGAAUUCCAGCGGCCUUCUGUGGCGUUUCCGCCCUCAAACCAACGUUUGAACGCCUUUCCACAAUCGGUGUAGUUUCCGCCUUUAAAAGCUCUUCACUUAAUCCAAAGACCUGUGUCGGACCCAUUGCCCGAGAAGUGGGAUUGUUGGUGCGUACCAUGGAAGCCCUCUGCGCACCCUCUAUAUUUGCCAUGGACCCAACGGUUAUACCGAUCCCCUUCAACAGGGAGGCCUUUGAAGGCGCCCUUAGAAAAAGACUAAGAGUGGGCUACUUCACGACGUUCCCGGGGAAGUUUGUGCCCGAACCUGUACCAGCGGUUGUUAGAGCUGUCGAACUGGCAGUCCAAAGUCUGCGCGCAAACGGACACCAUGUCGAGGCCUUUUCGCCUCCAGAUCCUAUCGCAGUUCUUGAGCUCGGCUUUCGUGCAAUGAAUGCCGAUGGAGGCGUGGAGAUUUCUCGCGUAUUUCAAGAUGAGCCACUGACAAAAUCCAUGCGGCUACCUGUUUACUUUUGCCAGCUACCAAGGAUAAUCAAGCAAGCCCUGACCUGCAUUAUUGGACUGCUCUAUGGGCCAGCCCUCGGUGCAAUUUGCAAGGGUUUAUGUGGUUGUGUUAAUGCGACAGGCGCUGCGAGGACGAUUCAUGAAUUGAAACAAUUUAGAGAGCAGUUUCUGCAGAGCUGGAACUCCCAUGAUGGUCCCUUCGAUGUGGUGAUUUGCCCGGUGAUCUCCUUCCCUGCCCUUCCAAUGGAUGUUGCCUCUACUUACAUAGAUGCCGCCCUGGCCUACACUUUGCUCUUCAGUCUUGUCAACCUGCCCGUCGGGGUGAUUCAAACUCACUCGGUCAGCGUGGACGAUGUGGGAACUGCCCUACGGAACACUGAACGUUUUGAAGCCGAGGGUGACAGGAUGAAUGCCUACGUGGCUAGGUUACAGAAGGGUAGUAGAGGACUUCCAGUUGCUGUGCAAGUGGCUGGUCUUCCCUACACGGAAGAGACUGUCUUGAGAGUAAUGAGGGAAUUAGAACUUACCCGCGAAGGGUCUUAG